AAUGCAUAUUCAAAACACUCUUACUGCACUUUGCAACACUGCAGUUCAUUUCAUAAUAAUAAAUUACAGCAAAAUCAUAUUUUUCAAAACUCCAGCUUAGUUGAUAUAUAAAAUGAAUUAAGCUCUACAAAUAUGAUUGUGAAAAACAUUUGUAGAUUGAGCCAAAUAAUAGGCAGGCUCCGACUUGUCCCGAAUCCCAGGGAAUACUGUCACUCGGCGCCGCUGAAGCGAAGUAAUCAACGGUCGGGAUUUGGACCAGGAUCACGAUCGCUGUGCCUUUAUGCUGCAGAUCACCAGGUUUCCUGGAUAGCUCCACCCACUCCAAGCUCUUCCGGGGGAAUGAUCUGGGCCUUCUCAGCUGCCUUUACGCUGAAUCUGUUUGGAGGCAGCGACGAAAAGGAGGAGUCACCGGAAGACAAGCUAGUAAAGACAAUAAAAAGAUCAAUCCUCUGCAUCCAGAGAGAACAGUACGACAAAGCCGAGCAGAUGCUCCAUCUGGCCCUGCGAAUGGCCCAGGAUAUUCAAAGCAAGGACGGCAUCACGUAUGUUUUCGAUCUGAUGGCCAAUUUGGCCAUGGAACGAGAGCAGUUUAAGAAGGCGGAGAAGAUCUUUACGGACGUGAUGAAGCGCCUCUUUGCAGAUGGCCACACCGAAGAAAGUCCGAAGAUACUCCACAUCAGCUCCAAGAUAGCGCACAUGUCUCAGCUGCAGGGUGAUUUGGAAAAGAGCUUUCAAGGUUUCACCUGGACGCUGAAGCAGUUGUCAAAACUACUGGAGAAAAUGCCCGACGACAAGGACAUACUGGAGCUGUAUGGCUUGACAAAAAAUUGGUUCGGUCAGCUGCUGAUGAAGCAGGGAAAGUACCUAGAGGCCAAGAACCUUUUCAAGGAGGCCUUUGACACGCUAAUCGAUGUUUAUGGUGCUGUUAACGACGCCUCUGUGACUAUCCUAAACAACAUUAGCGUGGCGUAUGUAAACCUGGAGAACUACACCGAGGCAAGGGAGACCCUUAUGCAGGCCAUGGAACUGACCAAGGAGCUGAAGGACGCCACCCAGGAGGGCAUUCUGCUGGCCAAUCUCGGUCUUGUGUAUCUGCGCGAAGGUCUGAUGAAGCAGGCGGAGGAUGCAUGCCGUCGGGCGUGGAAAUUGGGCAAGCAGCACGAGAAUCCUGACGCCGUCGAGCAGGCCGAGUAUUGCCUCAAUGAGAUAAAAAUUACUCUGAACGGGGAAAAGCGUCAGUGAGGUUUCUUUUUACAAUGUAUUUUUGACUAUUUAUAAACAUUCAUUUCGAAGUAAAGCGCAAA